GCUCCAGUGCAACUGCUACUACGACUGCUUUUACGAAGGAUUUAUCUCUUGUUCCCGAUGUUACAUUCGCAUUCGUUGAGAAUUUUAUUAAAUCUCAAUCAACUAGCUCCGGAAAGGAACAAAUGACUAAAGGUUUCAAGUACUACAGUGAGCAAUAUGUGCAGUCUGUGUCGGGUAAGUUGGCAAAAAUUCAUACAACAAUAUAACAAUGUACGAUUUUCCUUUCUGGUGUUCUGGAAAAGCUGCAGUUUUAAUAAUUCAGUAUGAGAGAUUAUCCAAUUAACCUAAUAUAAGGCUGCUUUUUCAAAAUGAUGGACAACAUGAACGGUAAAUAAUAAAGUUUAUCACCCAAAUCAAUUGAAAAGGGGGGGGGGGGUCCAUUUUCGUUGUGCUUCGAGUGGUCUAAUAAUUUCAAGGUGUUUGUUUGCUGACCAUACAGUUAACAUUAAUUAUGCAUUGUCUACUAUCAAUGUUGUCAGAGAAGAGUGGAAGCCUCUGGAUUAAUAAUUUUCAAUCAAUUCAAAAGUAAAGGGAAAAAAGUUUCAAAAUGAUUUUUUAUAAAAAGCAUGAUCAUGUAGAAUUGUAUAAAAUGUGUUUACAUAUAAUUCAUCAUACAUUACUUAUGGUUUUUCUUUCUUCACGCUGAAUACACACCGUAUCAUAUAGAAAAAUAUGAAGAUGUGGUAUUGUCAAUCACAAUUAUGUUAUUUUUCAGUUUAUGAAGAUAAUGAGGGUUGCCUUGUUAAAGGAAAAUGUUACAGAUCACAAAGGAAAAAUGAGUCUCCCCAUGAUAUAAAGGUCUUGAUCAAUCAGGAACAAGUAGAAUAUUCAUUCUGCACAUGUGCCAUUGGACAAAGUGGAUAUUGCGGCCAUGUAACAGCGCUACUCUACCAAAUAGCCUUUUAUAAACUGAUGAAAUAUAAGCUUAUUCCAACAGAUAUUGCAAGAACUUCAUUACCCCAAACGUGGCAUGUUCCAAGAGGUGAAAAACUACAGGGAGAAAAGGUUGACAAUAUUGUUGUGCAAGGGUACGACCGGAAUAACCCAUAGAGAGCUACAAAAGGAAUUAAGUCAACCUUAUAUAAUCCUAUAUGUGGAGAGGAGGAAUUGGAUGUGAAUGGGUUUUUGGAUGAAAUCAAGGACCUAAACAUCAUGUUUAACACAUCAGUAGAAAAUUCAACAGAAAGGGUGCAGACAAAAUUUGGCAAUUUUCAAAAAGGAAGUGUACUCAGCUAUCAGCAGAAGUUAGCAACUGAUUAUGUUCUUAAUCUGAUGGAAGUUAAUGACUUUCCAAAUUUGCCAGUGAGGAAUGUAAUGAAGGAUAAUGUGUCAUAUGUACUGAGUGAAAAUCAAGUAAAAAAAUUUGAUUCCUUGAAAUUAACAGAGCUUGAGAGCAUUGAAAUGGAGGAAAGCACCCGGGAGCAGUCGAAUGAUCCGAAGUGGCAUAAACUGCGGCAUGCUAGAAUCACAGCUUCAUCAUCAGGGGAAAUUGCCAAGCGACGGGCAGAUGGCAGAAAACUAGCAGAGAGGUUACAAACAGCUAGACGUUUUCAGUCUGCUGCUAUGAAACGUGGCAUUGAGACUGAAGGUGUUGCUGCUCAAGCAUAUAGUGAGAAAAUGGAUAACAAUGUUAAUCUGUAUCCUUGCGGAGUGGUUGUUAGUCCUUUUUCUCAUUGGUUGGCUGCAACUCCAGACAGGAAAGUUUACUGUCCAUCAAGGGAUCCACCUUUUGGAUUGCUAGAAAUAAAGUGCCCGGACACUGACGACUUGUCAAAAGUGAAAUGUCUUCGAGAGGACAAUGGACAAUUAAAAUUAAAAACAAACGAUAACUACUAUUACCAAGUUCAAAUGCAAAUGGCUGUAACAGGAUUAGAGUGGUGUGAUUUUUAUGUAUGGUUGGAAAAUGUAUCUCACUUGGAAACAAUUUAUUUUAAUGAGCAGUUCUGGCAAUGUGCAAAAGACAAAUUGGAUUUAUUUUUUCUGACUUAUUAUUUGGAAUAAAAUUUGUAUUUCAGUUAUUUGCUAAAUAUGUGAUAUUGUUAGAUGAAAUAAGAACAAAAAAUGUGAAACAUAA